CCUAUUUAAAGCAGGGAACAGGGAAGAAGAAGAAGAAGAAGAAGCAACCAUCAACAGACAGAUCUGCAGGAUAUAUAGAUUAAGGUAGUUGUCACCAUUCGCAUUCAAUGGAGGGUGGUGUUCACAAACCCGACAAAACAGAAUUCACAGAGUUCUGGACGUCUAUCCAGAAACAACCUUAUGUUUUACGUCUUGCUGCGUCAGCUGGAAUCGGAGGACUCCUCUUUGGAUAUGACACAGGAGUCAUAUCUGGUGCACUUCUUUACAUUCGUGAUGAUUUUAAAUCUGUUGAUAGGAGCACAGUGCUACAGGAAACCAUUGUGAGUAUGGCUGUAGCAGGAGCCAUAGUUGGUGCUGCAAUUGGUGGAUGGAUCAAUGAUGCGUUUGGCAGGAGGAUAUCAAUUUUGGUUGCUGAUGUUUUGUUCUUUUUGGGUUCAAUCAUAAUGGGCUUGGCUCCACAACCUGGGGUGAUAAUUCUUGGAAGGAUAUUUGUGGGGUUGGGAGUUGGAAUGGCAUCCAUGACUGCACCUCUCUAUAUUUCAGAAGCUUCACCAGCUAGAAUUAGAGGUGCCCUCGUUAGCCUGAAUGGACUACUCAUUACGGGAGGUCAAUUUUUGUCAUAUCUAAUCAAUCUUGCCUUCACACAGGUGCGCGGUACCUGGCGGUGGAUGCUUGGAGUAGCUGGAUUUCCAGCUGCCAUUCAGUUUGUUCUGAUGUUGUCACUUCCAGAGUCCCCUAGGUGGCUUUACAGAGAGAAUAAGAAAGAAGAAGCCAGGUCUGUUUUGGAGAAAAUAUAUCCGCCUGAGGAGGUUGUAAAAGAAAUGGAGGCCCUAAGGUUAUCAGUUGAAACAGAAAUAGCAGAAGAAGGUGAGAUAGGUGGAGGUAGCAUUUUCAAUAAAAUAGGAAAGGCAUGGAGUAACAAGGUUGUCCGCAGAGGGCUUUAUGCCGGUAUUUUGUGUCAAGUUGCUCAGCAGUUUGUUGGGAUCAAUACAGUCAUGUAUUACAGCCCCACCAUAGUUCAGUUGGCUGGAUAUGCUUCAAACAGUCUGGCCCUUGCACUCUCUCUAAUCACUUCUGGUCUCAAUGCUAUUGGUUCCAUUAUUAGUAUGUUCUCUGUUGAUAGAUUUGGGAGGAGGAGGCUGCUCCUCAUCAGUAUGAUUGGAAUAAUACUUUGUCUUUUUCUAUUAUUCGCGGUGUUUGAUGAAGCUGCUCGUCUUGCACCUGAGAUUAGCAAACCAGAAUCCUUGCACUUUGGUGGGAACACUACCUGUCCAAGUUAUAUGACAGCACAGGAUGCAUCAUCUUGGACCUGCAUGACAUGCUUGAAAGCAUCGUCUGAGUGUGGAUUUUGCGCCAAUGGAGCCAACAAGCAAUUUCCUGGUGCAUGCCUGGCCUCAAAUCCAACUACGAAAAGUGCAUGCCAUGGGGAGCAUCGUGAAUGGUUUGCUAGAGGCUGUCCAAGCAGCUUUGGGAUGUUGGCCUUGUUUGGCUUAGGAUUAUACAUUAUCUGCUACUCACCUGGGAUGGGAACAGCUCCCUGGAUUGUGAAUUCAGAGAUAUAUCCUUUGAGAUAUAGAGGACUUUGUGGGGGGAUGGCAGCAGUAGCUAACUGGGUUUCAAACCUCAUAGUGAGCAUGACGUUCCUAUCUUUAACUGAGGUUCUUGGUUCAUCUGCAACAUUUCUGCUUUUUGCUUUGGUCUCUUGUGUCGCAUUAUUGCUCAUCUACUUUGUUGUACCAGAGACCAAAGGGUUGCAAUUCGAGGAGGUUGAGAAGAUGCUAGAGAGAGGCUUCAGGCCUUGGCCACUAAGUAACAUUUCAAUUGAAUCUCAAACUGCCAAGUGAUAAUCUCAUUCACUAAUUCUCUUUUAUAUGUAAUGGGGGCUAAUAUUUUGUCUUUCUUGUUAUUCACUUGUAGUUUAUCUCUUGUGGGCAAAAUGUUUGUUAUUCAGGUGUAGUCUAACUGUUGUGAGCAAUCUAUUUGA